CCAGUUCGUAACCAUGUGGCGGCUGAUCUUGUUCUCGAUCACUUUCUCCGGUACCAGCGGUCUGACGUCGCAGAAUUCACCAUUCUUCACCGCACUGGACGUGUGCUCGCGUGAACUGUUCAUCCCAGCGGAUCGCGUUGAGCAGUACCGGCUACUGUUCUUCCCGGAUGAUCCGGUAACGCACUGCACAGUGCGCUGCAUCCUGGUACAGCUGCGCGCUUGGAACGAUCGCACCGGAGUCCGGCACUCCGUCCUGCAGCAGUACUUCAGCCCGCUGGAUCCAAACCCAACGGAUUCGUACAUCCGAGUGCACAACUGUCUCAACCAGGUCGUCUCCCAGUGUCCUCCCACCGAUAGCUGCGCCCAGGCGUACUGGUCGCUCAACUGCUACAAGAAACAGUUCGGCAACUACUUCUUCAGCCGCGAUCAGUUCGUUCCGCCGACGCCCUUCGAACUCCAGCAAUCGGUAGUGGACUGCAUGGACAAGCUGGACAUCCCGCGCGUCGAAGUGCUGGACUUUAACUGGUGGAACCAGACGGCUGUUCGGUUUCCCUGCGCAGGCCGGUGCUUCCUCCAGGCGUCGGACCUGUUUGACGAUCGCGCCGGACUGGUGUGGGACCGACUGUACGUGGCCUUUGGGCGGCAAGAGCAGCGGGAGACGUUCCUCGAGCGGUUGUACCACCUGGUGGAGGAAGUGCGAACCAGUGCCGCGCGGAGUCCGUGCGAUGUGGCCAAUCAGAUGAUCAAACCCCUGCAGGAGUACCUGCUGCCGAUCUUUGGGCUGACUUAUCUGAGCGGGGUGCACUUGCAGUACGAUUUGAAGAUUGUGUGAAUAAAGUUGGAAGGUGAUGUUGUAGUUUUGUGGUAUUUAUGGUCCCUCUUGCGUUCUUUCAUUGCGGAUUUAUGAGCAAGCAAAAAAAUCUUCGGUGAGUGAUCGUGAGAGAAGAAAAGAGAAUAGUGAUAGCAAGAGAGUGCUCUCGUUGGCACUCACGAGAAUCAUCAAAUGAUAGUUUUUUUCUAUCACUCAUUUACAGCACAGACAGUGAGUUGGAUUUCAACGAACUAAUUUUGACCAGAAAUUCUUACAAACUUCUUCUUAGAUCUCGACAUUGAAUUUAUA